AUGGAAAUAAAGCCGAGUUUCCUCUACGGAGUUAGAGACGGAAUCUGCGGAGGUGUCGAGUUCUUAGGGGACUCUAGCUUGAUGUAUCCAGCUGGGGCUGGAAUUGCGAAGGUUUCAACCAAAGAUUUCUCUCAGGAAAUAAUUCCAUUAGUUAACAAGGGUAAAAGGAUUACAGCUAUCGGAGUAAACCCAACCCGGAAAUUGAUUGCGUUCUCCGAGUACGGAGAGAGACCUCUGCUCAUUAUUUUCGACCUGGAGACAAGGAAGAGAAGGAAGAUUCUACGCUGUUCAGAACUCAAAAGUUUUGAG